AUGUGUUCCAAUGGGGAUCCUAUGGACAUAGAUCCCAUUCUCUCGGACGACUCCAGCUUCUACGGCAAGUGGUUCCUUCACAGAAGCGAUGAGAAUGAAAAGAAACGGCUGUCUCAGCAAGCAGCAAGCUUCGACCCAGAACCCUACUGGUCUGGGAUUCAUUCAAACCUGCUCUCAACACUCCAAAAUGAACUGAGCGCACCAUCCAAAUCUUCCAAUCCGGAAGAAGAACCACAAUCCGCAACCGACCAACAAGACACAAAAACACCCCCGGACCAACGUGGACGCAAAGAGCAUAUCUCUCACUUCCUCUCACGUCUUUCGCCUUCAAAAACAUUACUUUCUGACAUCGGCCCUUGGAUCUGGAUGUUCGGCCCGACCUCCAAAGCCCAACUAGACCAGGACGUCCCCUCGUUCCUCCGAAAAGGCACAGACCUACUCCGCGCCUUCGAGGCGCAAAGCGCAGAGCUCCGCGCUGAACACGACAAAUCCAGCGCAAAGACGACGGCCGGACUGACGCGGAAAUUGAAUCCGCUCCGUCGCAGUCUCGAGCAGGAUAUUCUUCACGCGGCGCGGGAGACGGGUGUUGUUUAUGGGAAGUGGAUGCUUUUCCCCAGUGCGCGGGAUGUUGAUAAUGUGUGGAAGAAGGUUGUUGUCGCGUUGGAUAAAGGGGAGUUGGGUGAUGGGGCUAAGGUUGCUACGAAUGACUUGACUGAUAAGGCGCGGCUGAUCUGUAUCUACACGAAGGAUUUCGGGGAUAAGGAGGAUGUUAAGCGUGUUUUGAAGGGGAUGGUUGCGAUGGGACUGGUGGAUGUGGAGGAUCGGCCGAUUUACUACAAGUGUGAUGCUUUCACCUAUCUGGAUAUCACGUCGAAGAAUGAGUAUGGAUUGAAGGCGAGUAUGUUUUCCAGCAGGGAUGUGCUGAGUGGGAAGGUUUGA